UAAACGCGCAGCUGCAAACGAGGCCCAAGCGGCCCAAAUCUAUCGCGCUCACGGCUAAAAGCUGGGCGAAUAGUCACCAGACGCUAUAGCCUCGCUGCUGCGACGACGUCGACGCGGCUCGCAACACUGCUUAGCGCCGGCAACCAGGCCUGAGCUCUCACAGAGCGUCACCGGAGCACGUACGACAAGAUGGCCCCCACCGGCCGACGGAGAGCCGCCCUCGUCCUCACAGCCCUAACAGCCACGGCCUUCGCGCCGCCGACGAUACAGCCCACAAGACGAGUCGCACUGAACGCCAAAGUUAAGACCAAGAAGAAGAAGAAGACCGCCAAAUCUACAGGAGGCUUCGGCGCCGCGCCGAAGAAGACAACGUUGACAGACGAAGAGAAGGAGGCCCGCGCGAUUCGGGGCGCGGUCCGCGACGCGACAACCGCUUUAGAAGAAGUGCGGGACCAGGAGGGCGAGGCCCAGGCCUGGCUGAAGCUCGGAGCUGUGUUGGUACGGGGCGGCGAGUUCUCGGAGGCCGAGCGCGUCUUCGCGGCAGGGGCCGAGAAGUUUGAUGAUGAAAUGCUGAGUGCCGCGGAAAUGACCUACCGGGGCCACUCCUUAUCCUACCAUCGGGGGCCCUGUGCGGAAUGGACCAACGCUGUAGAGUUCGACGAGUGGGUCGUCGGCGGGCCGGAGCAGAUCGAAGAUCACAGGACUGUAAGCUGGAAGCCGGAGGAGCCGCGAGCCUUCGCCUCCAAAUCACCGUUAAUCCCAAAGGACGAGUGCGACCGCGUGAUUGCGUUGUGUGAAAAACGCGCCGAAGAAAUGGGAGGCUGGCAGAAGGCGCGCCACGCCCAGGCGGCGACGACCGACAUGAACGUGAAGGACGUGCCCGAGAUCCUCGAGUGGUUCAAUUCGCGGCUCAAGUCGACGCUGUUCCCCAUGCUCGCUUCUAGGUUCCCGGACAAAAUAAAGGAUGCUGCUGAUAUACGAGCCCACGACGCGUUCAUCGUCAAAUACGACAUGGAGGGGCAACGUUCAUUACCGCUCCACGUCGACGAGAGCGCGUUUUCCUUCACGAUCGCGCUCAACGACAUGAGCGACUACGAGGGCGGCGGCACGCGCUUCGAGCGGGCGCGGCGGCCCGGCUCUUCCGAUCCUUGGAAGGAGGAGGUCUUGAACGCCGACGCGGGCGGCGUCGUCGCCUUCGCGGGGAAGGCGCGCCACGGCGGCAUGCAGAUCACGGCGGGCACGCGCUACAUCAUCCCGCUCUUCUGUUUCGUCGACGAGAACCGGUCCGGGAAGGCGCCGGGGUACGUGGUGGAGGGGCUGGGGUAA